GGCAAAAGAAAAUUAAGAAAGCCACCUUACCUGCCAUUUAAAUUCAAUCUUGUUUGUACAGAGUUUGCAAGUUCUUGAAGUUCGGUUUGAGUAUGAGGAAUCUAGUUACCAUCACAUCUUCUCCAUCCUCCAUUGUUGCCUCAACUCGUUACCAUCACCACCAUUUUUUAAGCCAUAAACAAUCUCCAUUUCUUUCUCUUCACAACUUCAUCUUCUUUUCUCUCUCUAAACCCACCUUCUUAACUCCAUCUUCAUCUUCAUCUUCAUCUUCAUCUUCAACCUCUGCACCUCUUAUUUCCCCACAAUUAUACCCACCAAACAUCAAUUCAACCAAUGUUGAUCUCACCCUUUACGCUGAAAUUGCUUCAAAGCUCAUUGAAGAUGGGCGCUUUGAAGAUUUUCGGAUGAUUGUUGAGAUUGUAUUGAGCUCUAAUAUUAGUGGGUCUUGUAAGUUCGGUAAAUUGUUAAAUUCGAAGGUUCUUGUUGCGGGCAUUCUCGAUGGAAUUCGAGGAAGAAGGGUUAAGGUUGUUGUUGGAUUAUUGGACUGUUUGUCCCAACUUCAUGUUGAUGUUUUGUACAUGUUUGAUGGGUCAUCUAUGGAGUUGCUAAAAAGAGAGUGUUUCAAGAUACUAGAUUAUGGCUAUCUAUACGACGCAGUUGAGCUGAUGGAAGCAUUGGCUGGUUUCCAAUUCUCUAUCAAAGACUUGAUAAGGCCCAGUGAUAUGAUAAGAAUAUCUGUCAACAAACGUUGCCCUAGCUUGGCCGUAAGGUAUGCGUGUCUCCUUCCGCAUCCAGAGAUAAUGUUUUGUACGAUAAUUAAGGAAUUUGGAAAGAGUUCAGAUCUGGUAUCUGCUGUAAAAGUAUUUGAAGCAUCCAAACAGAAGCUGAGUGGUCAUAACAUGUAUGUCUACCGCACUAUUAUUGAUGUUUGUGGCUUAUGUGGUGACUGCAUCAAAUCCAGGUUGAUCUAUGAGGAUCUACUGGUGCAGAAAGUUACCCCAAAUAUCUAUGUUUUCAACAGUCUCAUGAAUGUAAAUGCCCAUGACUUGACUUACACAAUGGAAGUCUACAAGCACAUGCAAAAUAUAGGCAUUGUGGCAGAUAUGACUUCUUACAACAUCCUUCUGAAGGCUUGUUGUCUGUCGGAAAGAGUUGACUUGGCUCAGGACAUUUACAGAGAGGUCCAGCACAUGGAAUCAACUGGAGCACUUAAAAUAGAUGUUUUCACUUACAGCACUAUUAUAAAGGUUUUUGCAGAUGCAAAACUGUGGCAAAUGGCUAUCAAAAUCAAAGAGGAUAUGCUAUCAGCUGGUGUUACUCCGAAUACAAUUACAUGGUCUUCGUUGAUCAGUGCAUGUGCCAAUGCAGGUCUUGUUGAUCAGGCAACUCAGCUAUUUGAAGAGAUGCUAAUGGCUGGUUGUGAACCUAAUUCACAAUGCUUUAAUACACUUCUUCAUGCCUGUGUGGAAGGAUGUCAGUAUGAUCGAGCAUUUCGUCUUUUCAACACCUGGAAGAGUAGUGGUUCUCCAGAAAAUUCCGCUGAAAUUUCUAGUACCAAUGAAGAAGGGAUUUCACAUGCUCCGUAUACUGAUGAAAGUUCCAUAACAAAUACACCACACAUCGUGACUGCGUCACACCAUCUGAGCCUUGCUAAGAGUAUUCCAUUUAGACCCACAGUUACCACGUACAAUAUACUUUUGAAGGCUUGUGGUACUGACUUUUACCGAGCAAGAGGUCUAAUGGAUGAAAUGAGAUCAAUGGGUCUUUCACCAAAUCACAUCAGCUUUUCGAUAUUGAUCGACAUUUCUGGGGGAGCAGGAAAUGUAGAGGGGGCCUUGCAGCUAUUAAAAACCAUGGUUGAUUCUGGAAUUAGGCUUGACGUUGUUGCUUAUACAACUGCUAUAAAGGUUUGUGUCGAAAGUAAAAACCUGAAUAUGGCAUUUUCAUUAUUCUCAGAAAUGAAGAGACACCGUAUUAAACCAAAUUUGGUGACAUAUAACACUCUUUUGAGAGCCCGUAGUAAAUAUGGUUCUCUACAAGAAGUUCAGCAAUGCCUGGCUAUAUACCAAGACAUGCGGAGAGCAGGGUACAAACCCAAUGACUAUUAUCUAAAACUACUGGUUGAAGAAUGGUGUGAAGGGGUAAUACAAGAAAACAAUCAGAAAGGACAAUCUAAUUCACGCAACAAGGCCAACUUACGGGAAAUGCGAAGUCUGCUUCUUGAAAGAGUAGCAAUGCAUUUACGCAAGAAUACUGCCAAAAGCCUAGCAGUUGAUAUUCAGGGCCUCACAAAGAUAGAAGCCCGGCUGGUAGUUCUUGCUGCUUUACGUAUGAUUAAAGAAAAUUACAGAGCAGGUUGUUCAAUAAACGAUGAUCUUAUAGUAAUAAUAGGUAUCACAAAAGUAGGUGCAGACUCUGUGGUGAAAGAGGCAAUAAUAAAACUUCUGAACCAGGAACUAGGGCUUGAAAUUGUUGCAGGAAAACCAAGUUUGACAGUUGACGGGACAAUAGAUAAAAAAGGCACGUCUAAUUCAGUCUUGAAAUCAAGAAGUGUUCUUGAAAAAAGUGAAUUUCCUUAUAGUCUUGACACUCCGGCUCGACGACCAGCAGUAUUACAAAGGCUAUUGGUCACAAAGAAGUCGCUGAGUCAUUGGUUACGAAAACCAGAUACUGCCACUAGGUGUUGAUUGCACAUGUAGAUUAUUUCAUACUGUAAUAAUUCUAACCACAAAGUAUACAUAUCACCUCAUAUAGCCAGUAUGUAAAUGGAUUACAAAGGCUAUUGGUCACAAAGAAAACCAGAUGCUGCCACUAGGUCUUGAUUGCACAUGUAGAUUAUUUCAUACUGUAAUAAUUGUAACUACAGAAGUAUACUUAUCAUGAUCUCAUGUAUCCUGUUAUCUAAAUGAAUAAGCUGAGCCUUGUAAUAAACACUGAGAUUCCAAUAAAUGAAAAUGUUGGGGACCUAGUGUUCUCAGUUCCUUCAGUA